GUGACUUAUAAAUGGCUCAGCAGGCGGUUAAAUGUUCAUGUUAACCAAGCCAAACAGAUGUUAUAUACCUUUGUACAGCACGAGAGAAAUACAAAACAUAAUGACAACUUGGAAGUAAUAUAUAUGGUCUCUGGAUUAGCCAAGUCACAAACUGGAGAAAUAAGGGUACAAAAGGUUGUGAUCACACCAGAGGAGCAACUAGAUUUGGUGGAGAGCUCAGUUGAUCAUGUGAAUGGUGUGCACAUGUUCAGUGUGCAAAAAUCCAAACUAAAGGAUCUAAAUACUCUAUAUUUGGUUGACUACAAUGAGAAAAAGAAGAGUAUAUAUGAAUCUGAAAAACACAGUGCUAUAUCGUGUAUAGCCGCAAGACAAAAACUAGAUGUUCCGACCCCAGAGCAGCCGCAGUCUGUACAAGGGCAAGCACCAGUGUCAAAGCAGACGGAGCAAAAUGGAACACAUCAGGCAAGGCAGUCUACAGUUAAGUCUUCACAUCAGAAGAACGCUGCUAAGAAGGGAAUCGUGAGCAUGUUCGCAAAUCACAAAGCCGCUAGUAAAGAUACAGGGAAAAAGGAUGACAUCAAGAAGGAAGACGAGCAAGAAGGGAAACAGAAACUAGUCCAAGCAGAAAAGGGGUCACAAAAGAAUGUUAAUGGACAGAAAAAGGAUAAGGCAAAGAUUGGAAACCUGAUGGCCUGCUUUGGAAAGCAAGCAGCAAAGGCAGCUGAGAAGCAGUCUGCAAAUGGGACCAAUGAGAAGCAGCAAGACCCAUGCAUUAAAGAGACCAAGAAACCCACAGAAGCUCCCAAAAAGAAAGAGGAAAUCGCCAUGACAGCAUCCAAAGUGGACAAACAGAAGCAAGCAAAGGACGAUGCAAGAACAGCAAAAAGAGAAGAUACCAAGAAGAUGAAUACUAAACGAAAGACUGCUUCUAAAAAGAAAGGAAGAAGUUCAGAAGAUGAAGAAGAACCUGUGGCUAAGAAGAAGAGAAGGCGAAUUAGGGCGGCAUUUUCUGACAGUAGUAGCAGUGAAGAUGAAGCAAUGCAAGAAGAGCCACAACUUGAUUUUGAAGAGGAUAUAGAGGAACCAGAUUCCCCAGUGAAAUUAUCCCUACCAGCUACCGAGUCAUCUGAUGAGAUGAUACCGGACACGCCACAGCCAACAGCACCAUCUGGUGGUAGCAAAAGAAGAAUACAUAAGAGAAAGCUGGUCAGCAAAACUGUUGUGGAUGAUGAUGGAUUUAUGGUCACAGAAAAAGUAUGGGAAAGCAGUUCAGAAGAGGAGGAUGCAUCUGUGGAGCCACCAGAGAAGAAAGUGUGUAAAACUAAAGAGGAAAAAAGUCCGGCGAAGACACAAAAGUCACCUACUAAAACUAAGCAGCCUAGCGUCAUGAGUUUUUUCAAAAAGAAAUAAUGAACAUUAGUGAUAUUGGUUGGUGUUUCAAUUGAAAACUCAGAUCUAGUGUUAGAUGCCAGUACCUCUACAUUACAGUUUUGUAUCGAACCCUAGAUUGUUACCAGCUUACGCGCUGUUACAGCUAUAUCGACAUACUUUUGUACUGUAGCACAACUUUCCAUUAAUACUCUAUGGCAACUAUUACUUUUCUACGCAGUACGCAAUCUCAAAUGAUACCUCACCUAACUGUUUGUCCAAAACUGUGUGAUAGAUAUAGUAGCUCACUCCAGAGACUCCAGAGGAAAUUCUUUAACAUUUUUCUGCAAGGAAAACUGCCAGACAAUAACUCUAGCUAUUCAUUCCAAGUAUUUUAGCUCCGUUUAGUGGAACUCUGUUUAUUUGCUUCAAGUGUUUGGAAUUUCAAUUUGAUGAGGUGACGGUCCAGAUGUUCGUGGUGGUACAAAAUAAAUCGUGUUUGACGGCAGUGAUGGUAUAGUAAAUUGUCAAAGGAUUAAUAGAUUUCAUGUAUGAUAAGCAGUAUUGUGGUAAGAAAUGCAUGUCUAUAGACUAUUAAUCCACAAAUGGGCUCAAGCUGUUUGUACCAAUAAAUUGUGUUAAAAUA